UGGUUGGUAGCCCGUGAACAACAAAACAAAAGCAAUCACGUCAAAUCUGUCAAACUGCCAGUGCUUGUAAAGAUGGCGAACGUGCGUGAUAGCGAUACUUCGCUGUGGCUUCACAAUAAAUUGGGAAUUUCAAACGAUUCAUGGACCGGAGGCUCGAUUUGUUCGCAGCUGAACCUGGAAGUUUUGCGUAACAUCAAGGAGUGCUUUCCUGAUCUGCAGACGCAAGUGAAACUCAAAUUGUUGCUGAGUUUCUUUCACAUCCCGCGCAGAAACUUGGAGGAGUGGAAAUCCGAGUUGGAGCAAAUCCUCGACGUAGCAUUGCAGGACUCAGAACUAUGGGUGGCAAUGAUUGCGGAUACUUUGAAAACCUACCCAUCAAGCGGCUCUUUAAAUACGGAAAUAGUCGAUGUGGAAGAAGUGCGGCAAAUCUUCAGCGAUCUCAUUUCCGACUUAAAGAAGCACGUGAAGAAACAAAACGAGCACACAAUCCUACCCAUGGAGUGCCACUAUCUGAAUAAAAAUGCCCUGAUCUCAGUGGUGGGUCACAAACCCGAGCCAAUCAAGCACUUCACAAUCAAGAAGAAACCGAAAUCGGCCCUGUUAAGGGCCGAUUUAUUGCAAAAAUCCUCGGAUGCAGCUUCCAAUUUGAAAAAAUCCAGCGCCCCCGUUAUUCCAGUGAGGUCCCGCGGAAUGCCUAGAAAAAUGACCGACACAACGCCUUUGAAAGGCAUCCCAAGUCGUGUCCCAACUCCAGGAUUCCGCUCGAACACUCUGACCAGCAACAUGGCGAAUAGGCCGCCACUAACACGACCGCCAGCUGGGCGGAAAGAGGGUGGCGUAAAAUUGCUGGACAUUGCCGAUCAGCCCUUGGGCUACGCCGCUUUGAAGAAGCGAAAGAAGCAGCAGGAAAUGGAAGAAAACCAAGCAAAGAAAGCGCAGCAGGAAAACCAGGCCUUGCAAAGCCCGACGCCCGCAAAGAAAGAGCCUUCGAGUACACCGGAUUACGCUGCUGGAUUGGGGAGUGCCACCCCCGCUUACGCUCCUGCUACUCCUCAACCCGCCGUUACCACGACCUCUGCGAGUCUUACGUCUACAGCCCCAGCCACACCGUCCGCACCAGUUGCAGCUGCCCCUAAAACAACUGCCAUUCUUUUGGCCACACCGGCAGUCCAAACAGCUCAGCUACCAGCAGCCACGCCUCAGUUGGCCAAACAACAGCCCGCUCAGAUUCAACACAUUCAAGUGCAGCAACAACAACCGCAACAGCAAGUGGUUUCGCCGCAAAUGGUCACUCCUCAGUUCAUUACUGCCCAGAAUCUGCGACCGGUUCCUCCCUUACUGGCCACAACUCCAAACGGACAACGAACCAUCAUUACCACAGAUCAAGCCACAGGAAUCCAGACUCAACAAAUCAUUACUGGAACUCCGAUGGUUGUAACUCAGAGGCCUUCUCAGCCGCAACAGACAGUGACUCAUAUAAGGAUACAGUCGCAGCCUGCAAACAAUCUGCAAAGACGAGGACUUGCUCUUACGCGAGAGCAAAUGCUUGAAGCACAGGACAUGUUCAGGACAGCGAAUAAAGUUACUCGACCAGAGAAGGCGCUGAUCCUUGGUUUCAUGGCUGGUUCGAGAGAUAAUCCGUGCCCGCAUCUCGGCAAUAUCGUGACGAUAAAGCUGUCUGAAGACCAGGAGACUGUGAUGCAAGCGGACGAUACCUGCGUCAACAUGCUAGUCGAAACCCACUUCCAAAUGAACUACAAUAACGGCGAAUGGAAACGGAUAAAAAAAUACCGGCAUAUAAGUAGCGAAAUCGAGCAUUUACAACAGAAUCAGGCAGCAGCGGCACUAGUAUGAUUGAAGCUUAAACAAAUGGAUUUGAGUAAGGAAUUAACUGAUUAAUAGUGGUUGCAAAACUUUAAAUUUUUCCACAACCAUCCAAUUACUAUGAUUUUGUAAAGAAUUGAAAACCCAUAUUUAUUAGAUAAAGCUUAUCUAAGGUGACGAAACCCGAACACUCACUUGAUUACUACACGAACCGUUAAGGCGAAAUAUAAAAAAGAAAAUAGUUUUAAUUUUAGCUUAAACAUACAAAAAGACUGAUGUAAAAAUACAAUAUUUAGUUAAUAGCAUUGACAACGCACGUUUUAUUAGUGUGAUGAGUAACAUUUACUUGUUCUUCCUCUGGAAAUGUUUGUCGGGUUUUAUCAAUCCAGUUCUAAUGUCUUAAUCUUAGUGGAUAUUGCUUUUUUGUGCAAUUGAAUUUUAAAGAUUUGCUAAACAGUUAACAUUGUCUAAAUGUUGGGGCACGAAGCCAUUUAAUUGCUUGUACAUAACCCGCAAAAGAUGGAUUUGUACGUAUUUAUUUCCCUGUUUGUAGUAAAAUUGUUAAAUAUCUAACUUUUGUAUAUAGUACUGAUAUGAAAUGAAUAUAUUGUAUUUUUUUCGA